AUGGCGCCGAUCCUCACCUCCAAUCCAUCGCGAACCCUGCUCCCGGAACCCCUCACUCCAGCCAACUUUGCGCCAUUCGGCACCGCAAUCUGUUCCCCUCUUCCGCGCGAUCUCAGUAUCGCCCCACAAGUCGCCUCUCUGCCACCUCACAACCCGGCCCCGGUGCUUGCGAAUCAAAAUUCAGCAUUAAAAUAUAGCCCAAUCUCCCCGCUCCUCGACCACUACAAGGAUGGAAGCCCAAGUGGCACCGCAGCGUCGGCACGGAUGACCAUGUUCUGCUGCUUCCCUCGUAAACUGCGAACGAUCGCCGAGAGCAAGCCCGAGAAAGAGGUCUUUGACGUGCGGAUUCUGGAGCGCCACCCUUUCACCAACCAGACUUUUAUCCCUGUCGACCUGUCCAGUCAUUCCAAGGUCGGCGAUGGCGAAGACGAGCCGAUCUACCUCGUGGUCGUUGCACCCACGUUAAGGGGCCAGGUGGCUACGGCGAGAAAUGCCGCGGGCGAGAGGGUGACUAUUCGUGACCCGCCUGAUUUAAACAAUGUCAAAGCUUUCAUUGCGCACGGUGGUCAAGCCGUGACCUACGGCGUCGGAACGUGGCAUGCACCAAUGGUAGUCCUCGGGCGCCGCCGUGUCGACUUUGUGGUGGUGCAGCAUGUGAACGGAGUCGAGGAUGAAGACGUCCAAGAAGCGGAGUUUGGAGAAGGCAUCUUCGUUGAUCUAGGUCGUAAGGGUCAAUAUGGACGUAGGGAAGAGGGCCCUCCCAAGCUUUGGACUGCUAAGCUUUAG